AUGGUCCAACGAGCCCUCCGUCCAGGGGUAUAUGUGCCUCUUCCCACUUUUUUUGACGAGAAUCAAGAAAUAGACUAUUUCAGCUACAAGGAACAUUUGCUGAACCUGGCCACCAAGGGGAUGGUUCCUGUGUGCGCAGGUUCGCUUGGAGAGGCAGUUCAUCUGAGUUUUGAUGAAAGGAUAGCCCUAAUCCAAUUCAUCAGAGUUACUCUGGAUGAAGCCGAUUUGACAUCAACCCCUAUUGUCGUUGGAGUUGGUGGUUUGAGUACGAGGGAGACAAUAGAGCUUGCACGAGCAGCAGCAAAAUCUGGGGCAGAUGCUGGAAUGGUAAUUCCGCCUGCAUAUUAUGCUGCGAGUCUCAGUGCCGAUGCGCAGCAGGUCAUUCAAUAUUAUAUCGAUAUAUGUGAAGGGUCUCCAAUACCGUUAUUACUUUACAACUUUCCUACCAACGCAGGUGGACAGGAUAUGCCAUCUGCCGUCAUCAGCGAGAUCAUAAAGAAAGCACCGAACCUGUGCGGAGUAAAAUUAACAUGUGGGGAUAGUAUAGGGAAGCUUGUUCGACUUAAUGCAGAGAUCCAAGGCGAUCCAAACAUAAAUGGAGCUCGGCCUUUCCCAUUCCUACUUCUGGAUGGAUUAAUCGCUGACUUAGCACCAUGGGUGCAAUGUGGCGGCCAUGGGACUGUCAGCGGGAUUCCAAACUUUGCUCCAACGGCCUCGACGAGACUCUGGGAAUUACUGAAUACCCACCCUCUAACACCGGAAGAAGCCACGGAAUGUGCGAGACUGCAGGCCAUUCUGUCAAAUGCUGAUGUUGUUGCUGUGCCAGGGGGAAUUCGAGCUAUGAAGUACGCAUUGCACAAAAUGCAUGGCUACGGGAUGGCACCGCGAAAACCUUUGCUACCACUGAAGGAAUCAGAGGGACAAGAUUUCAUGAACGCUCUGCGCGAACUGAUUGACUUAGAGGCAGAGUAUAUCAGGAAAUAA